GUUGGAUAUUAGGUCACGUGCUCUUUUUCUCAUGUGUCCCAGUUAACCACAAGUCAACACGUCUUGCCGAUGUUUAAAAGAGUGAAAAGUUCUCAACAAAGUCAGCUCACAUCAUAUAGGUCAAGAUAGAUAAUUACACAAAAAUAAAAUGGAAAACCAAAAUCAAGUAAAACCAGCCAUAUUCAUAGAUAAAUCAGGAAAUGAAUUUAAAACGAUAGAAGUAGACGGGAUACCGGUACCACCGUUUCCUGAAGAGAUGUUAGGAAACUCGUAUUUAGAACAUUUCAGUAAGCUUAGAGAAAUGAACAUAAGAGAUGAUGACGUCAUUAUAUGUGCUUAUCCCAAAGCAGGUACUCAUUGGAUCUGGGAAGUGAUUCAGAUGUUGAGAGGUCAAACAACAGAAUAUCAUAAACAAAUUAAAGAGCAGCAAAUGGUAGAAGCUACUAAUGUUGAUAGAAUUGAAGCCGAACCAUCACCACGAGUUCUCAAUUCACACUUAUGGCCAAAACAAUUACCAAAACAAAUAUUUGAAAAGAAAACGAAAAUAAUUUACCUCACUCGUAAUCCUAAAGACACGGCAGUUUCCAUGUUUUUUCAUUUUAACGCCUCAGCAAGGAAUCUUGAUUACCAUGGGAAUUUAAGUGAUUUUAUAGAUCUUUUCGUCAAUAAACGAUUACCAUAUGGUCUAUGGUAUGAAUAUGUUCUAGAAUGGGAAAACUUCUUUAAGACAACUGAAAAUCCAUUUUAUCAAUUCUCUUAUGAGGACAUGCAGCAGAAUCCUGUAGAUCAUGUAAAAGGUUUGGCUAAAUUUCUUGAAACUGAUGCCUCUGAUGAAUUAUGUGAAGCUAUAGUUGAUGCAUGUUCCUUUAAUAAACUAAAGAAAGCCAAUGAUGAAGUAAAAGACAAUUUUAUAAAACCUUUUUUAAAAGAAGGCCGUUCAAUGUACAGAAAAGGUAAAGUUGGUGAUUGGAAGAAUUGGUUAACUGUAGCUGAUAGUGAAUCGAUUGAUCAAAUGACUGUUAAACGAAUGAAAGAUAGUCAAAUUAAAUUGAAAUAUACAAUUUAAAGUACAAUUAUAAAAAAAAACACCACCACACGAUUAAGAAUUUAUAUUUACUCACUGUACAGUAAUGGUUAAUACAUGUAUAUAUAUAGUUGAUAUUAUUUUAGAAUCCAAACAAAAAGAACAUAUAAAAAAAUAUAACUAUUUGUAUAGGCCUACGUGUUAGUGGAAAUGUGGUCGCAUAUCAUUGCUCCCUCUGUUCUGGUGAACACUCUAGAGCUUACAGUUUUCAUCCAAUCCUUUUAAAAUAAUAUAUACUAUGUAUUUUUUAUUAGUGAUACGAAGAAGCCUGCGUGAUUUUAACAUUUUUCGUUUAUUUCUUCUAGAGUAUGAUCCGUGUUUCAAUGUGAUAGAUUCAAUUUAGUUCCCCUCAUCACAUUUUACAGACCGUACGCAAAUGAGAAAACGAUCUCCUAGAAGUCAAACGACGUUAUCGAUGAUCAUAAUGAUUGCUGAUUGCACACUGUCCUUUGUAUACGUACACCCGUCUUCAUUAGCCCAGUCGGAGCAGAACUGUAGGACAUUAAACCCCAUUUCAUUUCAUUUGACUACUGACUACGGUGUCACCAUAAUACACUUAGGUUGUCCGUUUACAGACAUUAAGCUAGUUGACCAACAUUUUAAGUCCCAAAUCUUCGAUUUUAGUCGAAAACACUAAUAUACUUCGAGAAUUGUGUUGAGUAUUUAUUCUGCUUCCAUUUAAUAAAACUAAAAAAGCUUA